AUGGCCAACAUGAACAAUUCGCCAAUAACGCAGGUGUCGCAGACCCCAGCGCACACCAACCUGCAGCCUCAGCUGCUGACGAGGCUGUUCCUCGACCUCCGUGGCAGGCGCUUCGAGGUUGACCGCGAGACGAUCAUGAACCUUCCCGAAUCCGUUCUCCUUUGCCUCUUCCCCAACGGCCUCGUGCUAAGUCGGCAAAGCGUAGCUCUAUCAGAUGGAGGGGGUGAUGACGAUGAGGAGGAGGUGUAUGGUGUUGAUUUCGAGCCUGACUGCUUCCAAUUCGUUCUCACGUUCUUCCGCAACGCUUCGGAUAACUUCUAUGGGACCACAACAAACCCUGGGCUACUUACCGCUCAGCAACACCUUCUGGAUUCGGCUUCUAAUGAAUUUGGCCAUACCACUUCACAAAACCCUUUGCUCUCGAAACAGGCUAUUAUUGUCCUUCGUGAAGAGCUAGAAUACUUCUCCAUACCUCCCAACGACAGCAACGCAGCGACAGAUCAGAACGGCAUGGCGAAUGAUAAUCUAUUAGACAUCAAACGCAGGUCGGGCGACUAUCUCAUCGAGAAACGCAAUAUCUUCACGGCACUGCAACGAAACGUGAACAAAGAGAACAACGUGGCCGAACAGCAUUUGAUCGAUAUGUUGUGCAUGAGUGGGUUUGACCGUGAGGAUGAAUGGGGUUUCCGGGCCCUGGAGCCGUCGCGUUGUUGUAUAUCGUCGAUAGCGCUUGUUCUGUUGAAAACCGGCAUCAUACACCAUCCAAAUGGAGAGAAACCAGUGGAAAUUGACGCAACACAAAUGGCCACCGCGCAGAAGCUCCUCUUGUUCUGGAGAAAACCGGCGCGGAAGUGCUGGUGGGAUGGGCUGGAUGUCGAUUUGCCAGCCGCUAACGACAAACCAGCCAUGACAGUGAAGCUAUGGGCGCGCCGAGUUUGGACGCUUGAACUAAGCCUUGUGUAA